AGUUUCUAGUAAGUUUCCGGUUCCGAUUUCUAGAAAUUUCACGAUACUCCUAGUGUGAAGCGCAUACUUUCUUUAGUAUACGUUAACGACGUUUGUCUAAAUUGUUUUGCUCCUAGCUAUGGCCAAGUGGGGAGAAGGUGAUCCACGAUGGAUUGUAGAAGAAAGAGCUGAUGCUAAAAAUGUAAAUAAUUGGCACUGGACAGAGAAGAACGCUACAUCUUGGUCUCAAACUAAGAUUAAGGAACUCCUAGAAAAUCUGGAGAUUCAAGAAGGGCCAUUUAAAUGUGUUGUUACCGAAAUCAAAUCUGUUGAGGGCGAAGCUGUUGUUAAUAAUCGAAAGGCUAGGUUAAUCUUCUUCUACGAAUGGGUUAUUAAGUGCUCGUGGAAGGGCUCACGAGGCGAUGGGGAUUUAGUUAAAGGAAAAUUUGAUGUUCUCAACCUUUCGGAUGAAUAUACAGACAUAAAUGAUAUUGACAUAAAUGUUAGUAUCGACGACGAGAAAAUUAAAGAUGCUUGGGAUGUUAAAGAAUUUAUGAGACAUUCCGGAACUGUGAAAGUUAGAGAACAAUUAGCAAAAUACCUUCAACAGUUGAAAGAACAGUACAGUGAAGGUUUGAUUUUACCCACAAAAAAUUCAUCAACUAAUACAAGCGCAAAAAAGACAACUAACGAGUACAAAAAUGAAAUUAACAAACCCAUCGUGAGUUCAGAUUCUGAUGUUGGCAUUAAGAUUCCCUGUCAGAGAGUAUCGUCUACCGAAUUUUUCAAAUGCGAAGCUUGUGAGCUAUAUAGUGUUUUAACUGAUCAGGGUAAAAGCUCCAUGUUCACCAGAUCUAAGGCUAUUUUAGAGGCUGAAAAAGGAGGAAAGUUUGCACUAUUUGACGGUAAUGUCCAAGGAGAGUUUACAGAUUUGGUCUUAAACGAGAAAAUAGUGAUGAAGUGGCGUUUCCAGUCUUGGCCAGACGCUCACUAUUCGACAGUUUCUAUCUACUUAAAACAAAAGGAUGAUGGAACCGAACUACAAUUGACUCAAACUGGUGUACCAAAGGAAGACUAUGAGAGAACAGUUGAUGGAUGGAAAAAUUAUUAUUGGCGUCCAAUAAUGCAAGCCUUCGGAUUUGGAGCAGGAAUAUAUGGCUGA